AUUGAUAACAUUAGAACGACGAGGAAGCACCGCCCGCUCGUCUUCGCCGGGAGGCGCUGUGGACAUGAAACUAGACGGAAAUACGCACUGAUUCGUCACCAAUGAAGGAGAAAAAGUAAAGUGCAACAUGGCGACUCCCAUGCAUAGAAUAAUAGCCAGGAGGCAAGCGGAGGCAAAUAAACAACAUGUGCGCUGUCAGAAGUGUUUGGAGAUGGGACACUGGACCUACGAAUGCACAGGGAAGCGGAAAUACGUGCAUAGACCAUCAAGGACAGUCGAGAUGAAAAAGAAACUGAAGGAGAAUGAAAACAAACCCGACAGCAUCACUGGACCAGGAAGAGAAGAAUCCAGUGAGAAGAAAAUUAAAAAGAAGGCUAAAGACUCCAGUGACAGCAGCAGCGAUUCAGACGGCUCCUCCAGUGACUCAUCGUCAGACAGCAGCGACUCCUCCAGCUCCUCUUCAGAUGACAGCGACAGCAGCAGCGACAGCGAUGAUGAUAGCUCUUCAUCUUCGUCAUCCUCCUCCUCGUCCUCUGAUAGCUCAGACUCAGGAAGCAGCAGCGAUUCAGAUCAAGGACCUCCAAAGAAGAAGAAAAAGAAGAAAUGAAUAUAUGAGUUAGAAUAUGUGGGGUUUCUUAGUGUUGUUUUCCUGGAGUCAAUUUUAUCUUUCCACAUUUUUUUGUUCGUUCUCAAACCCAUCAAUUCACAGUUGGACAGAUCUGAAGCGUAUAGAUUUAUUAGACGAGAAGAGAAAAAGAGAUCAUUUUGGGUUGACCAUUGUUUCAUAUGUUCUGUUCUCAAAGCAUUUCCUCUAUUAAUGUGAUUUUUUUUUAAAAGUUUGUUCGUCUGCUGAGAAAACAUGAGGAAUCUAGCGCGCUUGUCCGUGUUUAAUCUUGUGAUUUUUGUACUAAAGUAUAUUUUUAGUCAAACUUAAUCUGUACAGCUCAACAACACAAGCUUAAUAAAGCAACAUCAUAAUUAGAACUGAAAUGUUUUAAUAUGAGACCUUUUAAUGCGUUGAAUAAGAUUUUGUUAAAAAC